AUCACAUAUAUACUUAAUAUCAAAAAGCUUCUCUCUCUGUCUCUGUCUAUUACUGCAGAAUGGAGCAGCAAAAGAAGGAAGAAGAGGUGAUCGAGUUGGGGACCUUUCUUGAUAAUUAUGAGAAACACAGUACCUUUUAUGUAAAUUCACUCUCUUUUCCUGAAAUGGAAUCUCUUUCUGCUCUCUGUGAUACUUUCUUGCCGUCAAACGAUGUCGUUUCUUCUUCUGCUGCUGCUGAUGACUCCAUCGCCAAGUUUUUUCUAUCUUCUGCUUCCAUGGCCGGAACUCCUCAACGCAUAGGAGGACUGAUAAGCCAGAGAUUGAAGCACCCAAAGAAAUGGUUGAUACGAGUGGUCCUGUGGAUGCUAUCUACAAGGGUUGGAACCUUCAUUUUGUGUGGGCUACUUAGCAUUUCAACCCAUUUUCCCUUCUUUCUAAAGUUCUCUCAAAUCCAUCUCCACAAAAGGGAAAAGAUAUUGCAUUCUUGGUCUCUCAGCUUUUUCUCUCUCCUCAGGAUGUUAUUCAAGACUGUUAAACUUCUCUGUUUGCUCGUCUUCUUCUCUCAGGUAGAUGAGAAAGGUGAGAACCUGGCAUGGAAAGCAAUGGACUAUCCAGGACCUGAUCCAGAGUUCAAAAAAGAACAGGAAGCUGCAUUAAAACUAGCUAAAAAUAAUGAAGAAGAAAAAGAAAAGCUGUUUGGACCUCUUUAUAAAGGACUCAUAGACAUGAACCUUCCACGAGAUAUAACUGCAAACUCUCUUCGACUGUCCGGAUUCCCUGUCUUUACUUACCGGCCAAAAAUAAAUAAUCCUUCGUUAGUUAUCAAAUGCGAUGCAGUGGUGCGGUUCUGGUUCAGGUGGCUGGUCGGUUCUGGUUCAGGUGGCAGUGUGGUUGCUGGGGUUCUUGCAAAAGCUGGUUAUAAAGUGGUUGUUAUUGAGAAAGGAAACUAUUUUGCAAGAAGUAACCUUUCACUCCUUGAAGGCCCUUCAAUGGAUCAAAUGUACUUAUCUGCUGGGUUAAUGGCUACUGAUGAUAUGGGAGUUGUAGUUCUUGCAGGCUCUACAGUUGGUGGAGGCUCUACAAUUAACUGGUCAGCUUCUAUUAGAACUCCUCAACAUGUUACUGAUGAAUGGAGUAAUGCUUAUGGCUUAGAGAUUUUCGAUAGUAAGUUAUACAAAGAAGCAUUAGAUGUUGUUUGUGAGAAAAUGGGAGUGCAAUCUGAAAUCAAUGAAGAAGGUUUUAACAAUGCUAUUUUAAGAAAAGGGUGUGAAGAAUUAGGUUAUAAUGUAAAUACUAUUCCUAGAAAUUCUUCCUCCGAUCAUUAUUGUGGUUGGUGUUGUCUUGGCUGCAAAGAUGGAAAAAAGAAAGGAACUUGUGAAACCUGGCUAUUGGAUUUAGUUAAUUCAGGUAAUGGGUUAAUUCUUCCUAAUUGUGAGGCUAUUAAGGUUUUACAUAAGCGAAGAAGAAGAGGAAAUCGAAGAGUAGCAAGUGGAGUUGCUUUUGCAUUUGGAAAAGAAGUUUGUGUUGUUCAAUCAAAGGUUACUAUUGUCGCUUGUGGUGCUCUUAGCACUCCACCAUUGUUGAAAAGAAGCGGCUUGAAGAAUCCUAAUAUUGGCAAACAUUUACACCUCCAUCCUGUCACAAUGGCGUGGGGAUACUUCCCGGAUGAUCAACCAUUGGCGUGGCCGGAAAAACACAAGAAAAGCUAUCAAGGAGGGAUAAUGACAGCUAUGAGUUUGGUCACUUCUGAUAAAUUAUACGGUGCUGUUAUACAAACACCAUCAUUGCAUCCGGGUAUGUUCGCGAGCCUAAUGCCAUGGGUUUCGGGUGUAGACAUGAAAAUGAAAAUGGGUAGAUUUUCGAGGACUGCUCAUAUAUUUGCAUUGGCGAGAGAUAAAGGAUCAGGAAAAGUUAAUUCGCCAAACUCGAUAUCUUAUCAAAUGGAAGCUGCAGACGAAGAGAAUUUACAGAAAGGAUUAGAAAAAGGACUAAGAAUACUAGCAGCAGCAGGAGCUGAAGAAAUUGGGACACAUCAUAGCAAAGGGAGAAGCUUAAAUGUUAAAAAAGAAAGUUAUAAGGAGUUUGACAAGUUCGUGAAGAGGGAAAGUUCGCGGUCAUUGAGAGAUUUAUCGACACAGAUAUGUUCAGCUCAUCAGAUGGGGAGUUGCAGAAUGGGGAUUGAUCCAAGAAACUCAGUAGUGAAUGAAAUGGGGGAGACAUGGGAAGUAGAAGGAUUGUUUAUAGCAGAUACAAGUGUAUUUCCAACAGCAUUAGGUGUCAAUCCUAUGGUCACAGUUCAGGCUAUUGCUUAUUGCACUGCACAAUCUGUUCUUCAACUGCUUAAGAGAAAGAAAUUCUGUUAAAUUGUAAUUGUUUUUUUGCAUCUUUUGCAGUUCAAUAUUUGUAGCAAAAUAAAACUUGUGGAUUUCAAUGGUAAUUACUCAAUAAUUUUACCAUAGUAACUUAAUUUGCUGCUAUUA